AUGGAUACCACUCGACAGUUUGUACAUGGCGAUUAUACUGUCGGGUGGAUAUGUGCUUUACCAGAUAGCGAGUUUGUGGCUGCAGCGGCCAUGUUAGAUGAAGAACAUCCCAUGCUUCCAGCGGCCGAUCUACAAGACACGAAUUCAUAUCUCCUUGGCAAGAUUGGCAAUCAUAAUGUGGUAAUUGCUUGUUUACCCGCAGAAAGAAUAGGUAAAGUGUCUGCUGCUACUGUAGCCAGCAAUAUGCUCCGCAGCUUUCCAGCUAUCAGAUUUGGGUUGAUGGUUGGCGUUGGUGGUGGAGUACCACCUGAUAGAAAUAAUAACGGAGUGGGAGAGGAAAAAGAUUCUGAAGAGGAGUCGGAAGAUGUACAAGAUGUCAGACUUGGGGAUGUUGUGAUAAGUCUGCAUUCAGAGUCAUCAGAAGCUGUCAUACAGUACGAUUUUGGCAAAUCAAUGCAGCAAAAGAAGUUUAUUCGCACUGGCGGUAAACUGGAUCAACCCCCGGCAAUAGUUUUGAAUGGGAUUUCUACGCUCAAGCAACAACAUAGACGGAAAGGUCAUAAAAUUCUUGAACUAAUAACAGAAGCAAUUUCCAAAAAUCCUGGAAUAGCUGAAGAAUUUCGGUAUCCAGGUUUGGCGAAAGAUAGAUUAUUCAAGCCAGAAGUUGUUCAUGUGGAGGGGAAAAGAUCAUGCAAAGCAUGCUGUGGGCCUGACAGCAAAAACCUUGUCCAAAGAGAAGAUCGACUUACUAUUGCUCCUAAAGUACAUUAUGGAACCAUUGGAUCUGCGGAUCAACUGAUGAAGGAUGCUAUCUUAAGGAAUGAGUUGGCACGAGAGAAAGGAAUUUUAUGCUUUGAAAUGGAAGCUGCUGGGUUAAUGAACUCGUUUCGCUGUCUCGUUAUUCGAGGAAUCUGUGACUAUGCCGAUACUCAUAAGAAUAAGAUUUGGCAGCCGUACGCUGCAGCAACAGCAGCAGCAUAUGCCAAAGAGCUUCUGCUAGUUAUCCCAGGGCAGGGUGUUAUUAACCUACCCUUAAUCGAGAAAAAAAUUGUCAAAGGUCUCGAGAAUUUGAGCAAAAAUACCCAUUACAUCAACCAAAAGCUUGAUUUAAGGAACUUAAAGGUUGCAAAAGGGGCAGCAUUUGAUUCCUACGAGAAUAAGCACGAUGAAUGUCUUCCAGGAACCCGGACUGAGUUGCUUUGUGAAAUCCAAGAAUGGGCAGAAUCACCAUACGGAAAAUGCAUUUUCUGGUUGAACGGCAUGGCGGGGACUGGCAAAUCAACCAUUUCUCGAACAGUGGCAAAAAUCUUGAAAGUGAACAAGUUACUUGGAGCCAGCUUCUUCUUCAAGAGAGGCGAAGCGGAUCGAGGAACUGCAAAAAGUCUCUUUCCAACACUGAUUGAACAAUUAGUAAUCAGCAUACCUCAACUAACCCCUCAUAUCCAGACGGCAAUUAAGGAUGAUCCUAACAUUUCUGAGAAAGUUGUUAGGGAACAAUUUGAAAAAUUGAUUCUCCAGCCACUACUUAAAAUAGAACAAGGCCUGACUACAACCAUAGUGAUUGUCAUUGAUGCGCUAGAUGAAUGUGAACAAGAAGAUGAUAUAAGAGUGAUUCUCCGAAUCUUACCACAAGUCCAAAAGUUGAAUUCAUUACGACUACGGUUUUUAUUGUCAAGCAGACCCGACUUACCAUUGAGACUGGGGUUCAAGAGCAUCAUCAGUGACCAUCAGGAUUUGAUCCUUCAUGAGAUCGCUGAGCCGAUAAUCGAACGGGACAUUUCUUUGUUUCUAAAUGACAAACUUCCGAAAAUUAGGGAGGAGUACUUCGAAUUAGGGCGUGAGCUUUCACCUGACUGGCCAGGCGACAAAGUCACUAUGACUUUAGUAAAAAUGUCCGUUCCAUUGUUUAUCUUCGCUGCCACCGUGUGCCGUAUAUUACAGGAUCGUCAAUGGCUGCCUGAAGAUAGCCUCAGAGAGAUCCUCUCACAUCAAAACGACAAAUCCGGACUGAGUGGGACAUAUCUACCCGUCCUCAAUCGACUUUUAAUUAAUCAAACCGGAACAAAAAAACAGCAAUUGAUUAAAGAAUAUCGGGAAGUGAUCGGAGCCGUCCUUAUGCUUGAAGCAUCACUCUCGGUUGUCUCUCUUUCAAAACUUAUAGAUAUGCGGAUUGAAAAUAUUCGUAUUCGAUUGGAUUCAUUACAUGCAGUCCUCGCCGUACCAAAUAAUAAUACUGAUCCAGUCAGACUAUUUCACCUGUCAUUCCGAGAUUUCCUCCUUGAUUCGGGCACUCGCGAUCAAACAUCGCUAUGGAUAGAUAAGGAUGAAAUGCAUACAAGCCUCACUAGACAAUGUCUGAAAGUUAUGCAGAAUGGUUUGCGGAAGAAUAUCCUUAGCUUACCAAAUGAUGGUAUACUAUACAGCGAGAUGGACGAACUAUCUAUGUGUAUCAGUUUCUAUCUGCCACCAGAAUUGCAAUACGCCUGCCGUUAUUGGGCACAUCACCUGAUUCAAAGCCAGAACCCAACUACUGAGUUAGUCAAUGCUUUCUCAUUUCUUAAAGAACACCUUCUUCAUUGGAUAGAGGCAAUGAGUAUAUUAGGUCUUCUAUCAGAGGUAAUUGGAGUAAUCACGAGAUUACAGUCAGUUAUACAAAAUGACAAAAAUUCCGAAAUAUCCCACUUUCUUUAUGAUGCUAGAAGAUUUAUUUUUAGAAAUCGCCAAAUUGCCGAUUCUGCACCGCUUCAGAUUUAUUGUGCAGGGCUUAUAUUUGCUCCAAGCGACUCAAUAAUCAGAAAAGUGUUUUUUAAAGAAUCACCCAAUUGGAUCUAUCAGCUUCCAAAAGUUGAAAAGUUCUGGAAUGCAGAUGUACAGACCCUAGAGGGCCAUCCUUCUUCGGUUGAGUCUGUUGCCUUUUCACCAGAUGGUCAGGUGCUCGCGUCUGGCGGUUAUGAAAUCAUCAGCCUCUGGGAUCCUACUACUGGUAAGCUAAGGCAGACAUUAGAAGCUCAUUCUGAUUGGAUUCAGUGUGUUGCCUUUUCAAAAGAUGGGAUCCUAGCGUCUGCUUCUUUUGAUAAAACUAUCAAGCUCUGGGAUCCUAUUUCUGGUGAGCUACAGCAAAUUCUAGAGGGUCAUUCAGAUAAGGUUCAGUCUGUUGCCUUUUCAAAAGAUGGGAUGCUAGCAUCCGCCUCUAUUGAUGCGACUGUCAAGAUCUGGGAUCCCGCUGCUGGUGAGCUAAAGCAGACCUUAAUAGGUCAUUCUGUAUGGGUUAAUUGUGUUGCCUUUUCAGAAGAUGGAAUGCUAGCAUCUUGUUCUGAAGAUACAACUAUUAGACUGUGGGAUCCUACCACAGGUGAACUCCUGCGGAUCUUAGAGGGUCAUUCUGGAGGGGUUGAGUCAGUUGCCUUCUCAAUAGAUGGGAUGCUAGCGUCUGGGGCUGACGAUAUGACUGUCAAGCUCUGGGAUCCUAUUACUGGUGAGCUAAAGCACACUCUAAAAGGUCAUUCUGAUUUCAUUUUAUCUGUUAUCUUUUCAUUAGAUGGCCAGAUGCUAGCGUCUAGUGGUGAUGAUGAGACUAUUAGGUUGUGGGAUCCUACCACAGGUGAACCACUGCAGGUCUUAUAUGGUCAUACCAGUAGUGUUCCAUCUGUUGCUUUUUCAAAAGAUGGGAUGCUAGCAUCUGUCAGUGAGGAUAGGACUGUUAAACUUUGGGAUCCUAUUAUUAGUGGGCUACGGCAGACCAAAGGCAACUCUGUUUGGGAGCAGCAGCGGAACUUAAACACUGCCCAGGAUAAGGUUAUAUCCCUUACUUUCUCAUCGGAUGGUCAGAUACUGGCAUCUGGUUCUACUAAAGAUAAUAUUCAACUCUGGGAUCCUAUUACAGGUGAACCAUGGCAGACCUUGAAAGGUCAAUAUUCUAGGGUUUUAUCGGUUACUUUCUCACCAGAUGAUCAGAUGCUAGUGUCUGGCUGCAGCUAUAAUACUAUUAAACUCUGGGAGCCCAUCAUAGGUGAGCUGCGGCAGACCAAAUGUCACUCUAGUUGGCGACUGAGGAAAAUCUUGGAAGAUCAUUCUGGUGACGUUUCAUCUGUUACUUUCUCACCAGAUGGUCAGAUGUUAGUAUCCGGCUCUAAUGAUAAAACCAUUAAGUUCUGGAAUCCUAUCACAGGUGAACUACAACGGACCUUGGAAGGCCAUUCUAAUCGUAUUCGAGCUGUUAAAUUUCUACCAGAUGGUCACAUGCUGGCAUCUCGCUGUGUGGAUGACAUAAUAAAGCUCUGGGAUCCUACAACUGGUGAGCUACGGCAGACCCUGGAGGGUCAUUCGCGCUGGAUGUGGUCAGAACCAAACGAUGAGGUAUCUAUUCAAGACAAACAGUGGGUUUGCUUUAGAGGGGAAAAGAAGCUAUGGCUUCCUUUGGAGUACCGUCCCACUUCCUACACAAUUAAAGAUGGCUUCCUUGCAAUUGGGCAUGACUCUGGAAGAGUUUCUUUUCUAGGAAUUGGGAAGAGAAGAGAGAUUCACGAUCUUCCUGGUGUUCAUGUGCGGCCGCCGCGACCUCUGCCUCGGGCAGCGAGCCCCUUAUCAUCCCACCCAAAGUCUGUCCCAGAGAAUUUCAUCUAA